GUACUUUUUUGUGUUGUGACAAGGUGCUGGUGUAAACAGUUUCCAAUAACAAUUUCAUCGUUAAGAGUUUUACUUUAGACGUUUAUUAACACCCUGGAACUCAAACUAUGAAUAAUUUAACUGUAUAACAAUAUAUACAUACCCCAUGGAGUGUUUAAUUCGCGUUUGAGACAGGACUUGCUUGAUAUAUGUUAUCUAGGUAACGCUGUAGCUAACAAUUGUAGCUAACAAUGGCUAACUGUAUGGUUUUUCACACUCAAAUAGCCUCCAUCAUGGAGGUGCUAGCAAAUGCAGCUGUGGCGGAGAUCUGUAAACUCGUAGACGACGACUAUGCAGUGUUUCGUUUGGAAAUAACUCAAAGCCAGAAAGAAAACAGGGCAUUGCGGAGGAAACUACAGCUACUGGAACUAAAGGGGUCACGGGAGCGCAUCCUCGCAAGUCGUCCCAGAAGUGUCAAGAUCCUCGACCGAUACAGAGGAAUGGGAAGAGGUGAAGGACAUCUCACUGGAGGCCACAGGAGCUUUGUUAAACCAGCGGGACACAAUACAUGGAGAGAUGGCCAACCAAUCACUGUUGAUGAGGGGAGUGGAACCUCAACCCAGCAAGUUAUCGUUAUAGAGUCUGCAGGUCCUGGGGUCAAGCAUGAGAGGUCUGAACGAGAGGACGAGCCGAAACACAGCAGAGACAUCCAGACUGUAGCAGCGGCUGGAGUGACGCCCCCUGUAGCCACUGAGGACCUUGCCACCGCCGUGCCCCAGCCCAGGGCCCGAUGCAGCAUCACGGAGGAGGAGGAGGGUCCAGAGGUGCUGCUGUUGAAGGAGGAGGGGUGUGAGGAGGGUCUGGGGAACCCUGAGGGGAACAUGGUCAUGGAGGACAACCAGACUACACCUCCUCCUGAACCCAGAGAGGAACCAGCUGAGCAGCACAGGACCACACACAGUCUCACUGAGUCAGUAGACAUGGAGGAUGGGAAGCCUGAUCUGCUGCUGGUCAAAGAGGAGACAAUAGAAGAUGGACCAGAGAGCAUUGACCUGCUGAGUGGACAAAAGAUGGGGGAGCAAGGUGGUUGGCUAGAGGCUAACAGAGGAGACUGGGCUGCCAUAUUGGAUUCCCAGACCCAGACUGGUGCACCCAAAGGCUCAGGGGACAUCAUCACUGAGCAGGCCAGGACCAGAGGCGACAUAGUGGAGAUCAAUGGAUGGGACAGCGUCCUCAACUCUGAAGUGGGGAACAACACCUUGAACCACAACCAGAAACAGACAGUCGAACACAAAACAACAACCAAACUCAGUCUCCAUGACAACAGACUGGCUGAGACCAGGGCAAGGUGUAGAUUUGGUCUGCAGGGACGGGGAGGUGUCCGUAUGCAGCGGGAGAGAACAGACACAGACUCUGCUAGCGAUGCUCCGUCCUGCUACUAUAGUUGUGAUUCAGAGAGAGUGAUGGCACCUCAGGUUAACCCCCUAACAGGUGCUGCCUUCAGCCCGCCUUCUAUAGGAUCUAUCAACUGGAACAUGGACCCUGCGACAACACAGACUCUCCCUGGCAUUUGUCCUCCUCACAGUCUCCUAAUGUUAAACCAGACCUCAGACAAUGCCAGUGCCUCAACACUAAAUGGCUACACAAGCCCAUUGACAAAUGACAGUAGUAAUAACGCUAUCAGCAGAUCUGGUGGCAAAGAGAAGCGCUUUCCGUGUUCAUUCUGUGGGAAAGCCUUCAGUUUCCCCAAACAAGUGGAGAUCCACCAGAGGAUGCACACAGGGGAGAAACCAUUCAGCUGUCAUCUUUGCCGGGCCAGUUUCUCCCAGUUGUCCAACCUGAAGAGGCACCAGAGGGUCCACACCGGGGAGAAGCCUUACAGCUGCCCCCAGUGUGAGAAGAGGUUCUCCCACCAGCACCAUCUGAAGAUACACCUGAAGGUCCACAUGGGGGAAAGGCCUGUACGCACUGGGGAAAGAGUGUUCUCGGAGAGGAGUUAUCUCAGGAUACACCAGCAGAAAAUGCACACGGACAAUGUAUAGUGUAUAGUGAGUGUUAAGGAAUUAUUAUUUUAUUUAGCACUUUUCAUACAGUAUCUCACUUUUAAAAAAACAGACAAAAACAAAUAAAGUCUGUCUUCUCCUUCAGGGUCCCGUCUAAUGCCUGCUGACUGGGUUCAUAGAAAGCCUGGACCUGGAUCUAGCCUUCCUCAGCUACCUCAUGGUUAACCCACAAAUACAGACAGGGUCAGGAUUGGUGUUCACAAGAGUUACCUAACCUGUAACACAGCACACAAUCCCAACAACACCCAAACAAUGGCUAGAGGUCAAGGAGGGAGCUCAAAGACUAACCACCUGAGGGUUGUUGCUCCUGCUUCUACCUCCUCUGGUGUCAUUGGGUUACAAUGCGGGAGGCCGAGCAUGAGAACGGAUGCUGACAAGCCAUACACCUGCCCCAGGUGUGGGAAGCGCUUCGCUAAGACUAAAUAUAUGAAGCAGCACCAGAGCGUUCACACUAAGGAGGCCUUUCAAGUGCAAGCUAUGUUACAAGAGCUUCUCAUUCCUGAGUAGCCUUAUUAGACAUAGGAGUGUCCACAAUGGGGAGAAAUCGUAGCAGUGUGGCUUGAGAUGUACACAAGGGAUAUCUGGGAACUAUUCUUUAGCUGUUAUAUUAUAGUCAUCAUGUGAAGUGUCUUGGGCUAAGAGGGUAAUUAACCAUGUAACAUUCAUUAAACCUUUGUUAACUUGUCAUUUAAAAUAGGCUUGUGUACCUGUUUUUAGAGAGACUAGGUUAGAAUAAGGACAGUUUCAUUUUUACCUUACUGAGGUGAUGUAGAUAGAAUAGAAAAUAAUAUCAUCACUUUAUUCCUACACACUUUUUUCUAAACUAGUCUGCUCUCUGCUUGAAAGAUACUGAUCAUAGGAGAUUUGAUGUGUAACGUAAUAAGCAGUACCGCAUUUCAAAGAACAGCAUACGUCACUUUUUCAUUUAACCACACCCUUUGAGCUAUGACGCCAACCAAUAAGAUACUUUCUCUUCAGUGUAACGGAAGUGGGUGUGGCUAGGCGACAUGGUGGAAGCGGAUGUGGAACUGAAAUAGAAUGCUGGUGGAGAAAAGGAUGAGUGGACUUCUGUCCAAAAGAAUGGGAUAAGGAGAAAAACUGUUGUGGAAAAUAUGUCUAGUUCUGAUCAUAUCCCAUUGUGUCUGGUAGGACUGCAGUUUUUGGAAAAACAAUGUAUGCCAGACUUGGUGAAUCCGUUUCCAUUUAGUGUGUUUCUGCUGAUCAGAAAAGGCGUGUCUCACCCGAAUUGAUGAAUAUAAUCUAUCUUGUGUUGAUGUG